AUGAACUAUCUGGACAGUGACUAUCUGGACUGGGAAGUUCAUGACCAACAGACUAUUUCAGCGGGAGCAAUAGUCAUUGAUGCCCUUCACCCUGGGAAGGUGACUACCCAAGACAGAAAUUCAGGGAAAACUAGCCAAAAUGCACAAGAACACACCAGAUGUCAUCUUUUAUUUGGAUUCAGAACUCAUUUUGGUGGUGGCAAGAAAACUGGUUUUGGCAUGAUUUAUGAUUCUUUUGAUGAUGCAAAGAAAAAUGAACCCCGACAUAGAUUUGCAAGACACGGCCUGUGUGAGAAGAAAAAGACCUCAAGAGGAGAGCGAAAGGAAAGCAGGAACAGCAUGAAGAAAGUCAGGGGGACUGCAAAAGCCAAUGUUGGUGCUGGCAACAAGUUAGCUGGAGAAUGGACAAAGGAAUAA